AUGCACGAAGGCGACGAGACGCGUGGCUACACGGUUGUUGGGUGCUCGGCAGACGGCAACCUCCUGCCCAGGCUACCCCCAGAGGCGAAGAGGGUGGUGCGCCUGCUGCGCCCGCACGGCCUGACCAUGGCCAUGCUCACGGGCGACAAGGAGGGCACUGCGCGGUCCAUUGGAGGCAGAGCAGCGUGUUGGAGCUGCAGGCGAAAGGACGAGGCAGUGGCAAUAGUUGGCGACGGCAUCAACAUUGAGUCCGAGGACGUCGUUAUGAUGAUCAAGGACAACCUGCUUGCUGGAGGUGUUUUCUGGCCGUGCACCUGUCGCGUGCGACCGUGCUCCGCAUCCACUACAACGUUCAUCUGGGCCGUGUGUGCAGGUGGUGGACACGGCAACGCGUGCGCUGCUGUUGCAUCCUUGAACGACUCCGCUGACGUUUGUGGCUUCGCGGCUGUGCGGAAGCAGCCAUCCACUGGUCGUGGCCAGUGGCCACCUCUCCAGCGACUCCAACGACGGAGUGCACGCGAUCCGCCAAAUCACCAGCGCGCACGUCUCGGAGAUCCAAUCCAUGGCAACAGCCACCACUUCAGGCCUGUGUUUUGGGCGGUGUACAGCCUGACCUCCUCCUUCUCCUUGUCGUCGCGCGUGUCCCUGAUCUACAGCCCUCUUGCAGCAGGGCACGCGUGCUCGCUGCCGGGUACGGUGGCGCAAAGUGUUUGGAACGUCAACGACCCCUGCCGUGUGGCCGCUGUGCCGCCCUCCGUUUGGUGGUCAGCGCAAUCGAUCAGAGGCAACAGCGGGGGUGUGCACCAGCUCCGCAACGGGGAGCACGUCCUGACCACGUACACCCUGGAGCAGUGGAACAUGACAAGUGUUGUCAUUGUGCUGUGGAGCACGCGAGGCUGGCAGCCAUCACUCAGCACCACGCCGGCCAGUGCCAGCUUUGAAUCAGCCACAUCAACACGCGACGCCAAGCACGUUCUCCUCGUUGCUAAGCUGCAGCGAGCCGUGCGCAUGUUCCCUGCCACCGUGAGCAAUGCCGUUCAGGAUGCCGAGACAGACACGCCUCUGCCUCUGUUGUCGAUUGCGGCCAACAAGGCCAGCCACGCGCCCUCACUCCGUGCCAUCUUCAGCACCACCAGCGUGCCCUAG